UGUGCUACGCUGCAAUACGUUACGGUACACGAUUGUGAUAUGUAUUAUCGCAUCACGUACUGCUAUGUAAAAUGCGUAGCGGUGCACACCCCCAUGAAGAGAUACUCCAAGUUUGCUCCGUUCUUCUUUUUAAUCCUCUUCAGCAUUGCUGUGCAGCUGUACGUGCUAUUCCCACGUGCAGUAACAUACACCAUACGUAACGAUGUGCUCGAAGUACGGAAUGGUAAUUUGAAGGAAAUCUACGUCUUUUUGGAUGGUAAGAAAGUUGUCGUGCGGAGAAAGAGCAUAAAACGCGUUGAGCUGGAUGGUGCUAAGCGUGUGAUGGGGCAUUGCAAUGAAAUAUUGCGGUAGUGUAUGAUGGAAGAAGUACUAGGCGUGUGAUGGGGCAUUGCAAUGA